AUGGCUGCAUUUUGGUCUAUGGGUCCUGGUACUUUCGAAGUACCUAUGUCUUUGUUUGCUAAAAAUCGCCAAAGACUAUCUGAAAAGCUACAGAGUGGGCAGAUUGUUUUACUGCAAGGUGGAGAAGAUAUAAGCCAUUAUGACACUGAUAUCCAAUAUGUAUUUAGACAGGAAGCAUACUUUACUUGGCUUUGUGGUGUAAAGGAGCCAGGAUGUUAUUUUGCUCUGGAUGUCAAAACAAAAAAGGCUCACUUAUUUGUGCCACAUCUUCCUGAUGAGUAUGAAGUGUGGAUGGGGAAAUUGCUUACUUGUGAUCAAUUUAAAAAAAUAUAUGCAGUUGAUGAAGUUCAUUAUGUAGAGGAGCUUGCUAGUGUUCUGAAAUCUUUAAACCCAGAAGCACUUCUUACCCUCACUGGACCAAACACAGACAGUGGGCUAACAGCCAAGGAAGCAGUAUUUGAAGGAAUUGAUGAAUUCACCGUAGAUAAUGAGACAUUGUUCCCGAUUAUUGCAGAAUUACGUGUUAUCAAGACCCCUGAAGAAAUAGAAGUAAUGCGUUAUGUAUGCAAAGUGUCGUCAGAUGCUCAUAAACAGGUGAUGUUGUACGCGAAGCCAGGAUUAAAAGAGUACCAGUGCGAGUCAGUGUUCCUUGACCACUGCUAUCGUAUUGGUGGGUGCCGGCACGUAUCCUACACGUGCAUAUGCGGAUCCGGUCAAAACGCGGCCACACUUCACUAUGGCCAUGCUGCGGCCCCGAACAGCAAGAUCAUUGAAGACGGAGACUUGUGCCUCUUCGACAUGGGUGGAAAUUAUGCAGGAUAUGCAGCAGACAUUACCUGCACCUUUCCGGGGAAUGGAAAAUUCACUAAUGACCAGAAGUUAGUCUAUGAAGCUGUUCUUGCUGCUAGGGAUGCAGUAGUAAGAGAAGCCAAACCCGGCGUUCUAUGGACUGAUAUGCACUUGACAGCCAACCGCAGCAUGCUACAACAUCUAAAAGACGGUGGUCUACUCUUAGGGGAUGUUGAGGAAAUGAUUGAGAAUGGCGUCAACGCAAUUCUCCAACCGCACGGCUUAGGACACCUGAUAGGAUUAGACGUGCACGAUGUUGGUGGAUAUCUACCACACUGUCCUCCUCGGCCAGAGGGACCCCUCGCAAGACUUCGUACAGCUCGCCGCUUGCAAGCUGGGAUGCUGCUCACCAUAGAGCCUGGCUGCUAUUUCAUAGACAAGCUUUUGGAUCGUGCCAAAGCCAACCCCACACAGGCACGCUUCUUUGACUGGUCUCGUGUAGAAAAGUAUCGCGGUUGCGGCGGAGUACGUAUAGAGGAUGAUGUACUCAUUACGGAAAAUGGUGUAGAAAACUUUACUUUCGUGCCUAGAACAGUGGCCGAAAUUGAGGAACACAUGGCUAACGGCGCAAACUUCAAGUAG